CGUUUAUAUUCAAUUUCCUUAAUUAGCGAGUUACUGAGUUGUGUAUUUGUCUAUGUAUUUGACAGGAGAUUUUUGUUUAUGGAUUUAUGGUUAGAAUUGGAAUAAAUAUUUAUAUAUGUUAUAAUCUGCAAUGGCAUUCACACUUUGGAAUCUAUUUGAAGCAACAUUGUUAUGCUUAAAUGCUAUAUGUAUUUUAAACGAAGAAAGAUUUUUAAGUAAAGUUGGUUGGAGUUCUAAGAGUGCAAAUGUUCAAGGUUUUGGGGAGCAUCCAUCUGCAAAAGCACAAAUUUUCAAUUUAAUACAUUCAAUAAGAACAGUUGUAAGAAUACCGCUGAUAUUCUUAAAUAUUAUCACAAUGUUUAUAAAAUUAAUAUUGGGAUGA